UCUCUUUUGAAACAUUUUGCCAUUGAUAAAGCUUAAAAUAGACUUAACAAUAUCUCAUUUAUGGUGUUCCACUUCAGUUUAGCCUGUCUUGAUAUCUGUCAACGUGUUUAUGGUACACAACAGAAUGAUUUACUUUCUAUCUCUCCUGAUUAUAUUCUUUGCUUUAAUCUGAGACUUUUGCAUUGUGAUUUGGUAAAAUAUUUGUCAGUGUUACUUUGACCUUUUAGGUCUUUUGUAUUGAAAGUUUUGAACAGAAGUGGUGUUGUCUGUAGUUGUCACAUUGACACCAGCUGUGAGUCUGACAACUGCAGAGAAAUGGAGUGUCAGUGUGAAAAGUACAACUUGGAGGAUGCUGCCACAGCUGGAUGGCUGAACAGCAACAGUGUCCAGAUGGGAGCUUUUACUGUGCUCUCCCAGCUCUGAUCCGAUGGCCCAUCCGUAUCUUCUGCUCUUUAACCGGUCUGUCAGCUCUUUGGAGCUGGGUGAGUCGCCUAGUGGGAACCCUCCGUGGAAUCCAGAGCCUGUUCAAAUGGCUGUCUCGAAUUUGGCAUUUUUUCGUUGGAAUCUCCUCCAGGUUUAAGUGGUUGGGUGCUGUCAUUCAAGCCAUCACAGGGUCAGAAUCAACCAGCAGCAGCAGCAGCUCCCAAAAACCAGGCCUGAGGUUGAUCCUGCUGGGACCCACCGGUGGAGGACGGACCUCUCUAGCAGAUACUUUGUUGGGCAAGUCUGGGACAACAGCACCCAUGUGUCCCUUAACGGAGAGCACCAAGAGAAGGACAGUCAUGGACGGUCGGGACCUUACAGUGAUCGACACUCCAGAUCUUUUGGGGGCAUCACUGGGGAGCAACAUUAGAGCCAGGGAAGCUCUGAGGAGUCUUCAGCUCGCUGGUCCUGGACCACAUGCCUUCCUGCUGGUGCUCCGGGCCCCAGGCUCUGGCAAGAUACCUGACCAGGAUGCCAACCAGGCAAUCCAAGCUGUCCUGGAACUGUUUGGAGAGGAAGUCAUGGGAUACAUCAUCCCAGUGCUCACUCAUGCAGACCGCCUGAGCCAAAAGAACACCGUAGAUCACCUGCUGAAAGUGGAUACAGGGACUCUGAGAAGGGCUGUGUCUUUGUGUGGCCAGAAGCCAGCGCUGGUGGACAACAGGCCCAACCUCCCUUCAGAGGCUCAGAGUGUGAUGCAGAGGAAUCUGGUGGGGCGAGUGAUGGAGGUGAAGGAGCUGAGGGGGCAUUUCAUCCACGAACUGCAGAGGAGGGAGGACCGCAUCAGGGAGGAGCUGCUGGCUGACAUGGCCUCCGCACUGGCUACAAAACUGGGACACUUGUGAAGAAGUGUAUGUGGGUUUGUGUGUUUGUGUGUGUGUGUGUGUGUGUGUGUGUGUGUGUGUUUGUGUGUGUGUGAGAGAAAGCACUGCAGAAGUGAAAAAUAAGGUGGCAGGAUUCAUUCAUGUGUUAAACAUGCAAUUUGGACUUUAAGUGCAAGGGUGAUUCUUUGCCUGAGGUAUUUUUGUCACUCUACUGGUUUACCACUGUCCAAAUGAAUUUACUACCGCCGGUUGCAUUUCGCUUCUCAACAUGCUGCACAUGCUUUUGGUUAGAUAUCAUGACCGCACACAUGUAAUUUUCCUAUUUUGAUGUGUUGUAAUUCUUCAUUGUGCGUAUAUUCUUUUGUGUGUCCGUGGUUCAUGUUUUCAUACUCUGCUCCAGUCCACUGCCCUCCCACGUCUUUCAUGAUUUAUAAGAGAUAUCAAACUUUAAAGACGAUCAGGGAAGAUAAAGUGAAGUCAUACUGGGGCCAGAGUUCAGCAGUGCUGCUCUGUGUUUUCUGUGUGUUCUCCAAAAUUCUCCGAAACAGGUUUAAAUGGUGAAACGAUUACUUCUGCAAGCUUAGAGUUAAUUGCAGGUUUUAUACUCUGUAUUUAUGUCACUGUGGUGAACAGAUACUUGUAACAGGUUGAUGAAUGCUUUGCAGUAAGUGAAUAGGGCUAUGUUUAACUGUGAUUUAUUGGGAAUCUAUUAAGAUAUUUUGCAUGUACAGGGCUGUUGGUAAAAUGCAGUGUAAACCAAUUUAACCUCCUAAUUUUAUAGAUAGAUUAGUCCUUUUAACCAGAAAUAAAUGGGAUAAAUACAA